AGCAUUAGGUACCUCGCUUAUCCUCAUGACAAUUAAGUAAUAAACUGGGCGAAUACUGAGAAUCUAUCAAAGUCUAGCAAUGGCGGAACAUCCUUCCUUCACACUGGCGGCUUUGCUUGCCGCUAGCGGAACUGCGGGAUUCGUCAAGACGCGCUCGAGGCCGUCGCUUAUCGCGGGUCUGGGAUUAGGAGCGUCUUAUGCGUUUUCCGGCUAUCUCAUAAAAGGCAACAAGGACUACGGCACGGAGCUCGCGCUAGGAAACAGCAUCCUCCUGCUGGGCUCGGCCGUGCCGCGCGUCGUCAAGACUAAGGCCCGCGCCCCGGUGCCCAUCGGCUUGCUGGUUGCCGGCGCGCUCGCCACGUUCUACUACCAGAAGAAGGUCCGGGAGUUCCGGUUCGGCGUGUAGGGUUGGGUUGGGUUGCUUGGGAUGGGUUCUGUGGGAAGUGAGUAUGGUAUAAGAGAGUGGUCCCUUUCUGAAGAAACCCGGAUUCGGCUGGUUGUUGAUGUGUACGGUAUCGGAAAAAUGUUGGGUUUGUAAGAUAGGUUAGGUUAGGUUAGGUGGCUAAUUGUGUAUCCCUCCUCCUGCAAACAAAGAACAGCUCGACCGAAUUUCGGCUCACCACGUGGAUUUCAGAUUCAGGAACCACUUUGCAUCUUCACAUGUUCACGGCUUCCCAUGUGGCAUGAUUUCGGGUUCGCCGUUUGCCCAGGACCCAAGGCCGUCGAGUUGGAACCAAAAGACAACCUUCUCCAUCCACAUAACUAACUGACCAUGAUGUCGUCCCACGAGCACCGCACUUCUUCGUAUAGUUGCCCUACGGGAGGGUUUACCUAAUUUCGGGUAUAGCC